AUGGAUUAUUUAAACUGUCUAAAUGGAGAAGAAAGUUCUCGCUAUCGUUCUAUAUCUAAAAUGUGUUAUCUCCCCUAUUUUAUUCGAGUUAUCGACGGAUCACCAAAGAAUGAAAAAUGUGGAUAUUUAUACAAACAAGGAGGAGUAAAUGCUAAUAAAGGAUGGAGAAAACGUUGGGUUGUUUUUAACGGAACAGAUCUUAGAUACUACGUCAAUAAUAAGAGUCAAGUAUCUAAGAGGAUUAUACCAUUAACUUGUAUUAGUGAUGUUGUCAAUGAUGUUAAGACUGACGACACAUCGCGCUUUAAAUUUAAACUUGUUACCAGUAUUAAAGAUAGAGUCUUUCAUUUCGCAGCAGAUAAACUGGUAAAAAGACUCAUUGCUUUAGUGUCUAGUGAGAAAUGCUAUCAUAUUAUGUGUGUUGAACAUAAUUCUAAGUGCUCUCUAAUUUUAGAGGAGUGUUUACAAUGGUCUCAAACUAUCAUGGCAGCUAUAUACCAGCGUAAUGGUUCCAUUCCAGAUAACAGCUGUAUAGAACCUAAAAAAUCUGACAAAGAGGGUUUUAUAAAGUUUGAGAAUGGUGGAGGAAAGAAAUAUUUUGUAGCUAUCAGUGAGAGUCGACUGUGUUAUUAUCAUAAUAAAGACGAUUAUAUAUUAAACUCUCCGAUACAUGAGAUCAUGAUGAAACUAGCGUCUGUCAAGGAUUCCUCCAAUGGUAAAAACAAACUUCAACUUUCAACACAUUAUGGACACUUUAUGUUAGGGUUUGAUAAUUCUACAGAUUGUCAACAAUGGAAGAUGGCAAUGGAAGAUGCUAUAGCUGAAGGGCUAGCAGACGACAGCGUACUAGAGAAAGUCUAUGAAAACGAAAGUAAUAAAAUAUGUGCUGAUUGUGAAGCAACUGAUCCACAUUGGGCGUCAAUAAAUCUUGGUAUUGUGGUUUGUAAAAAAUGUGCUGGUAUACAUCGUAUGUUUGAAUAUACUGUUUCUAAAAUACGUUCAUUACGGAUGGAUACCCGGGUCUGGACCCCCAGUCUUAUAGAGUUAAUGAAAGCUAUUGGAAAUGCCAACGCCAAUAAUUUCUGGGAGCAUGAAUUAAUAGCAGAACUUAAAAUAGAACCAGAUUCAACAUCUGAGAAACGGAAAGAGUUUAUACAGAAUAAAUAUAAAUAUAAACGAUAUUGUCGUCUGCAUCCAGCGUACGCUGAUAGUCAUAUACUGAAUCAGGAACUUUUAAAGUCUGCAGUAUCAGAUAAUGUUUUGGAAACCAUGGCAAUAGUUUUCUCAGGGGCUGAUGUAUUAUAUGCUUAUGGACACGAUGAGACAGCGUAUCAACUAGCUAAGAAAGCAGGUGAAAGGCUACAAGUGGAGUUUCUCUAUCAGAAUUGUGGCGAUGAAUCUACGUUGGCCUCAGAAUACAAUGAUGAUGGGAGAUUAAGAGAAGAUGUCAGACAUCAAGGGUUUUUAUUAAAAACUGGACCCAAUUUUAAAGGUUUUGACAAGCGUUGGUGUAUUCUAGAACAUGGAACUUUGACGUAUUAUGAUUCAGAAAAGAGUACAACAGCCAAAGAUUCUAUAGAAAGAAAGUACAUGUUAAUGAUCACAACUACCACCUUAGAAAAACAAUCAGCAGCUUUUGAAAUCAGUACCAACAGAAAUAAUCAGAGAAUUUAUUUAUUUUCUGCCGAAAAUGAAACAGAGAGGAGGUUGUGGCUACAAGCUUUAUCUAGGUUAAUUUGUCCUAUAACAGUCAUGGACCAUGUUGGAAUGAUGGAUUUCUCUCUAGCUGGAAAUUUCUAUAUGAAAGAUUCUAUAGCAGAGGAUUGGACUCGAACAUGGAUUAUGAUCAAUUGGAGAAUAUUAUAUUAUUUAAGUAAAGAAACUAAUAAAUUAGAAACAGUGGAUUUACGGAAAGCCAGUAGUAUCAAACAUCAGGGAAGUGAAACAGGUUGUAAUAAAUGUUUAGAAUCUGGCUAUCAUUUUGUGGUCAACUCUCCUGGAAGGGCUCUCUAUAUUCAGGCUGAUCUAAGUCGUGAUACAGAAAGACUCCGAAUUGAACUGGAAAAAUCAAUCAAGAGUAGUGGUACAGCUCUAGAUGAUCAACAGCUGGCCUCAGAUAACGUACCUGUUAUUGUUGAUAGAUGUUUGAAUUAUAUUACUAAUAAUGGUAUUAAAACUAGAGGUAUUUAUCGUGAAAGUGCCACCCAUUCCAGAGUUAAUUUAUUAUUAACAGAACUUAGAAACGAUCCACGAAGUGUUCGUUUAGAAGAUUAUUCAGAUCACGAAGUAGCUAAUGCUGUGAAACGUUUUCUUCGUGGACUAACUUCUUCAGUAUUUACUCAGGAUUAUAUACAAUGGAUGCAAACUGCAGCUAUCUCAGAGAUUAAGAACAAGCUAGCCUGGUAUAGUUAUUUAUUAGAUCGUAUGCCAGAAAUACAUUUUAAUACCUUGAAAAAAAUAGUCAUGCAUCUUCAUAAAGUGAACCAAUAUACCAGUGAAAAUCAGAUGACCUUAGAAAACCUUGCUACCUGUUUCGCUCCCUCCUUGUUGAUACCAGAUGCUUCUGAGGUACCAGCAAGUUAUCAGACCAACCUUCCAUUACAACUGUGUGUUAUCUCUGAUAUUAUCAACUAUCAUGACUCUUUAUUUCGUUUAGACCAAGAAAAGUCAAUAGAGGAUAAGAUGGAUGAAGCAGAAAGAAAAAUAAAAGACAUAGAAUCCAGUCCCAGAAUGUCGAUGCCAUCUGAUAGUUUAUUAAUACCUAUAACCAAAUAUCAACUGAACGGUGACUGUGAGAUGGUCACGAUUACAGCUAGAAAUACAGCUAUGGAAGUAGUAGAUUAUUUUUAUAAUAAACGAAUUGUCGUAGAACGAAAUUACAAUUUACAUGAAAUCUUAUUUGAUGGAAAAUUAGAGCGCCCUCUACACUGGUCGAAUCAGGUAUUUCUAGACGUCUGCCGAUGGAGUGACUGGACGGAAGAUAUCAGGAAAGGUUUCUGUUUAUGUUUAAAAACAAACGAACUCAUGUCAAAGAUCAACGAUUCCUAUGAUCCUAGUAAAUAUUUACUAUCAGAGUUGAAAUAUAGUGAAAAGAAAAGCUUUAAAAAGAUGACGUUUGAUUUUAAACAAUCUAGAUUCUCCUGUUAUAAAGAUUCUAAGGCCAACAACUGUUUAUGGAGUAUCAAUGCUGAGGAUAUGAUUAUUUAUAUCGGAGUUGAUCCCAGACGAUCUUCUAUUCCCUCCAAAUUUGGUUUUACGUUUUUAUCCAAGCACGAGAAACCAUCUAAAAAUGGAUAUUUCGGUAAAAGUGUAUGUUUUACAAGUCAGGAAGAUUUGUAUAAAUGGAUAUCAGCCAUUCUCAUGGCUCAGAAUAAACUAGAAUGGUGCUAUGUGGUUACAGACUGUGAUAUAAUAUUGUAG